AUGUUGGGAAAAGAAAAGUCGGAUAGCGGUACAUCGUCAGCACCAUUAGAAAAUUCUUCGUCGAACAUAAUUGGUCAAAGUACUUCCUCCUCGAUACUAUAUCAGCAGCCAUCUUUACAAGCUGUUCUUGGCCCACAGCCUCCAAUUAAUUGUGGUAUGGGAUUAUCGUCGUACAGUGAACCUCCUCCUUCAUAUCAAGCAGCAAUGGCAUAUCCAGCUGCUUCUGGACCAUAUUCGACUAAUUCAAAUGACAUGGCGUUUCCAAAACCUUAUGGUGCCGUUCCUCCAUAUCCUUUGCUCUCAGUUCCGAACCAGGUGUCUCCACCAACUUUACCUGCUCCAUUGCCUUCUGCGUCGUCACAACCUCCUCCAGUACCAGUACCACAUACAGGACAUUGCGCCUAUUGUGGAGUUGGAGUUCUCUCUGGACAGACGGAUCUGUUUUGUUUAGUCUGUCUGGUAUUGUUAGCGGUAUGUACAUUUCCUGUUGGUUUACUAUUCUUAUGUUUCAUUCCAUGCACAGUUCACAAACGAUGCAGUCAUUGUCGCAGGAUUGGGUAG